AAUCUUUGCCCAAGUCACCGACGGGCUGUGCUAUCGCUAGCUAGGAGGAUUCACCGAAUAGCUCCCUGUAUUGAUGGUAGCUAACCUAGCUGUUUAUCAAUAAUUAAUUAGUUCUUUGACAUAGUUAAACGUCCGGUUUAAACGCUAGCUAGCGUUAGGUAGGUUAAUCUGUUACGACAAAGGCAGAGUAAAAGUGAUUCAACAUGUUCACACCCAUCACAAGACGCCGGUUUUCAGCUUUAACUUUUUAGCUUUCAGUCAGCAGUUGCAGUUAGCUGUUAGCUAGCCUAGCUCGUGUUGUGUCGUUACUAUUCAAGGAAGUGAAUAAACUAGAGAUGCCUUACUCUCUUCGUUACCCGUCUCCUGAGCGGAGCGGUCAUGGAAGUUACUGGCACCAAUAUGGAAACUGUAAGCGCCGGUACAAUUGGAGGACUCGGCCCCGAUCUGUGUCACCAGGAUAUCGGCGGGACAGGAGUGCCAGCUGGGAGCACAGAGCUCAGAGAGAGUGGCAGGAGCCAAGAGAAAACAGCUACCAGCAGUCCAAGAGGCUUCCUGAACGGCAUUAUUAUGGCGAUGAGUGGUUGCAGUACAGCUGUUUGGAUCGAGGCAUGAUGAGCAGCUACUACACCCGCAGUAGCUUCACCUGCCGUUUCCAUGACUAUGGCCGUGAGCCUGACCACCGAGGGGAGCGUUGGGAGCGAGGAAGCAGACCAGGACACAGACGCAGACCCAGGAGAACCAGGACAAGAAGGCGCUCUAGAAGGCGCUCCCGCAGCCAGAGCCAGCCUUCAUCAUCGCAGGGUCACAGUCAGAUGCGGGCAUCAGCUGUACAAGAUGACGAGGAGGGUCACCUGGUGUACCGAGCAGGAGACGUGCUACAGGACAGAUAUGAGAUUGUGAGCUUGCUGGGAGAGGGUACCUUUGGUAAAGUGGUGCAGUGCAUCGACCAUCACAGGGGAGAAUCUCGUGUUGCACUGAAGAUUAUAAAGAAUGUGGAGAAGUAUAAAGAGGCAGCUCGUCUGGAGAUCAAUGUCCUGGAGAAGAUAAAAGAGAAAGAUCCAGAAAACAAAUAUCUGUGUGUGCAGAUGUUUGACUCAUUUGAUUAUCAUGGUCACGUGUGCAUCAGCUUCGAGCUCCUGGCCCUCAGCACUUUCGACUUUAUGAAGGAGAAUGACUACCUGCCAUACCCUCUCAAUCAGCUGCGUCACAUGGCCUACCAGAUAUGCAGUGCUGUUAAAUUUCUCCAUGACAACAAGCUGACGCACACAGACCUGAAGCCAGAGAACAUCCUUUUCGUCAACUCUGAGUUUAGCACAUUCUACAACGCAGAAAAGAAGCGGCAGGAGCGUGUUUUGAAGAACACAGCUGUGAGAGUGGUAGACUUUGGCAGUGCCACCUUUGACCAUGAACACCACAGUGCCAUCGUCUCCACCAGACACUAUCGGGCCCCGGAGGUCAUUCUGGAGCUUGGCUGGAGUCAGCCUUGUGAUGUCUGGAGUAUUGGCUGCAUUCUGCUGGAGUACUAUCUGGGAUUCACACUUUUCCAGACACAUGAUAACAUGGAGCACUUGGCCAUGAUGGAGAGAGUACAAGGACCGAUUCCCUCCAAAAUGAUCCGCAAGACCAGGAAGCAGAAGUACUUUUACCGAGGGAGGUUGGAUUGGAAUGAGAAUUCCUCAGCAGGAAGAUAUGUCCGUGAGAACUGUAAACCUCUACGUAGAUAUGUGCUGUCUGAAGUGUCUGACCACCACCAGCUGUUUGACCUGUUGGACGGGAUGUUGGAGUUUGAGCCAGAGCAGCGACUCUCUCUCUCCUCCUGCCUGCACCACGCCUUUUUCUCCUCUCUUCAAGAGGGCCAACGUUCCUCCUACAUCAACCGUGACGUUAGCCGGUGACCUCCAGCCUUUGUCUCACGCCGAUGACCUUUGUGUCUUCUGUCUGUCUCGUCUGUCUCUCCCUUCCUGUCCUUCGUGAGACACCCGCCUUCUUUGCUCCUCCUCUUUCUCAUGGCCUCCACACUACAGGAGAGGAGGUAAUCCCACAGAUCUGGUUGAGAAUGGGAUGGACUCGAAUCCUUGAGCGAGACUCAAGACUGUAGGUUGGUAACGGUGGAUGUGAGGCUUUUCUGUUUUGUUUGCUACUUGUACAUCUUAACUGAGUGCAGUGCUGGUUGUUCAGUGGUGCAGUCUUAGACCGGCUCCUCCCUCUUCCCUGAGGCCCAGUCAGGCUGAAGUUUGCCACAUCAGCUUGACUAUCCCCUCAUACACUGUUCUUUGUUUGACAGCUCAACUGUACAUUAUGUAUGGGAGUUGGAGAGAGAAGCCUUCAGCAUCCUUCUACAGUUUACGACCGUGUUCACAGAGCCAUACACACAACCAUGCUCAAAUCUCUCAACCCUGAGUCUAGUUGCAUCUUUUGUAUAGGUAUAAUUUAGGAAUAUUUGACGUGUACAUACUCACAGAUUUGCAGUAUUUAUUUUAAACAGCUGUUUUUGUAUGAAAUGACAUGUAUAUGUAAAUACUGCAAAAGUGUCUCUAAUAAAAUUAUUUUUCUUUGUUUUUUGUGUUCACACAGCAGAUUUUUUUUCUUUGUUUUAAAGACCAACAUAGCCUUCAGGUUCAGGUUACCUGUGUUAGUCUUUUUGAGUAUGAAUGUGACACUCAGUGAGUGGGUGCAAAUAAGAGUGUGUGACUGGUCC